AUGCUUAAACAACGAAAUCAUCUCGAAAUCUUUGUGUGUGUUCGUGGUUGUCGUGGUGUUGGUGAUUCUUGUAUUGAUUGUUGUUAUAAUUCUCAAGCUGCUGGUCCUAACAGCUAUUAUCGUUGUAAUACUCAUUCUAAUGGUGCUGGUAAUUGUGGUCAUGGUGCUGCUUGUAUUGCUCCUGAUACUGCUCUUGCUGGUGCUGCUGUUUUUCCUACAGGUACAGCUAAUGGUCUUAAAGAUGUUACCUGUCAUACAAUUUAUAAUAAACAAUGUUCUUCUCAUGCAGGAUUAGUUAUGAAUCAAUUGAUUGAGACAUCACUUCCACUUGAAUUAAUUGAAGUAAGAAAAAUAAAAUCAAUAUGAGCGGAGUUGUAUGCAUACGAAAGAACUUGCGAAUGGAUUGUAUCACUGGUCACAACAUCUUUUGC